AUGGAAAAAUCGGCGUUCAAAAUAGAAGAAGCCACGAUAGAGGAAAUCCAAGGCGCGUUCGCCGCCGGCGAACUCACGGCGAGGCGGCUGGUGGAGUUCUACCUGGACCAGAUCGAGAGCCUGAAUUCGGUGCUCCGCGGAGUAGUUGAAGUCAACCCAGACGCCCGGCGACUGGCCGACGAGUCCGACCGGGAGAAGGAGGCAAGCAAAAGGACGGGCGUCCGAUUGGGCGAGCUGCACGGCAUCCCGGUGCUCCUCAAGGACACGAUCGGGACCCACGACGAGCUGAGCACGACGGCGGGAUCGUACGCGCUGGUCGGGUCGAAGGUCAGCCGCGACGCUGGCGUCGUGGCUCGCCUCAGGGAAGCCGGCGCCGUGAUUCUGGGGAAAACAAGCAUGAGCGAGUGGUACAAGUUCCGUUCUCUCGACAGCGUUCCUAACGGCUGGUGUGCUCGCGCCGGUCAAGGAGUGAAUCCAUAUGUAUCGUCCGGAACACCGUGUGGAUCGAGCAGUGGAUCAGCAAUAUCUGUAGCAGCAAACAUGGCCUGUGUGGCCUUAGGGACCGAAACUCACAGCUCCAUUAUAUGCCCUUCGGAUCACAACUCGGUUGUGGGCCUCAAACCAACCGUGGGCCUCACGAGUCGAGCCGGGAUCAUACCAAUGGCUCCCCGUUGGGACACGAUUGGGCCGAUAUGCAGGACUGUAUCGGAUGCAAUUUUUGUUCUUGACGUGAUAGCAGGUUUUGAUCCAAGAGACGAGGCAACGAGUGAGGCAGCUAAGUUUAUUCCUGAAGGUGGCUAUAAACAGUUUCUUAACAAAAAUGGUCUCAGAGGAAAGAGGCUUGGUAUUGUUAGAUACCCAUUUGUCGAGAAAAUACAAGACAAUGCCGAACUAGAAGCUUUUGAGCGUCAUAUACAUACAUUCCGGCAAAAAGGUGCACAAGUAAUAGACAAUCUGAAGAUAGAACACAUAGACACAAUUUUGGAGCCCAAUCACAGUGGCGAGAUCUCGAUUAUGAUGGCGGACUUCAAGUCGUCUGUAAAUGCUUACCUGAAAGAGCUGGAAAAUUCUCCCGUGCACUCUUUGUCAGAUAUUAUCGCUUUCAACGAACGUAAUCCGGACUUGGAAAAGCUUACGGAUUACGAUCAACAAACUUUCAUAGCAGCCGACAUGACAGAUGGUAUAGGAGAGCACGAGAAAGUUAUACUCGAAAAAUUGGAUAGUUUUUCGAAAAACGGGUUUGAGAAGUUAAUGAAGGAGAAUGAACUGGAUGCAAUGGUGACACCUGGCGCGCGCGCGUGCCCGGUGUUGGCAAUCGGGGGGGUGCCCCGGAAUUACCGUGCCAGCCGAAUAUGGGGCCAAUGGAAUGCCGUUCGGAAUCUGUUUCGGGGGUUUGAAGGGCAGUGA